AUGAAGUUGUCUCAUCCAGUCUCAUGGCUACUCACUAGCUUCGCUUGUGGCGUUCUUUGUGCAAAUGAUGAGGCCCAUUUAGGAAGCGAUGUGAUUGAGAAGGUGGAAGGUGCGAUUAGGGAUGGUGACGCACAGGAGAUCAUCGCUUCUAUGCCACUUGACUCAUUUACUGAGGUUCACGAAGUCUUGGUUACCCUCGCAGACGUCCCGGACAGGCCGAGUCAACGCCAUGAGCAAGAGAAGAGGAAUCUCAUGAAGCGAAUGAGCAAGUCUCACGGAAAGUGGGACACCAAUCAUCCUCGCCACCGUCUCAUGGAGGCUCUUUUCGGAUUCAGCCGUUACAAGGCGAGACAGAUGGCCGAACUGAACCGAUGGAAAGAUCUAUACACCCACGUCCCCAAGACCCAGAAGAGAGUGCUGGAGAAGGCAAUCGGGUACUCACACAAGUUUGAAAUUACUGAACAGCUACACGACGUCAAUCAACAGUUAUGUGACGAAAUUGUGCAGACUGCAUUGGAAUACUACGAAAUUUCGCAGGAGGAGCUCAGUGCUCACAGCAAGGCCAAAGAUGCUGCCAACCAGCUCGCGGACAGAGUCAGCGUUUCUCAAGCUUUGAAGCAUUUCGUCAGGGAUUGGUCUACAUCAGGCAAAGGAGAGCGCGAUGAUGGUUUUCCUUGCAUUCUCACAACGAUGAAGUCUCUUUUCCCAGACCGGUCAGAGACCGAGGUCAAGGUCCUGCUCCCUGGAUCUGGUCUUGGGCGACUUGGACACGAGCUCGCCGGUCUAAGUGGCUUCGAUGUCACUAUCAAUGAAUGGUCCAUGUUCAUGAACUUGGCAUACCGCUUCGUGGAGACACAUCCUGGCCCUGGAUCAAAAUCCGUGCACCCCUUCAUUGACUCAUGGUCUCAUCACGCGACGAACGCCGAUAUGCUUCGCGGCGUCUCCUUUCCUGACAUCCGAGUCAAUGCCAGCUCCGUGCUACUUGUCGAAGGCGACUUUGUUUCGGAGUUCAAGUCUCAUAAGGGGCAAUUUGACUCAGUUGUUACCUACUUCUUCAUCGACACUGCGAGAAACGUCAUGAGUUACUUUGACACAAUUCACUCAGUGUUGAAGCUAGGGGGUUAUUGGGUCAACUUCGGACCGCUGUUGUGGGGUACAGGCCCUUUUGUUCAGCUUUCACUGGAGGAAAUUGUGGCUGUUGCCAAGGAGAUGGGUUUCGAAUUUCUGAACACUGAUGAAUUAUGUGGAGAUCUGAACCUUGAGACGGACAUGAUCAGGGGGAAGCAAGCUGUUUACGGCUUCAACGAUAGGGCACUAACAAGAAAUGCCUAUUCUGCUCAGGUUUGGGUGGCAAGAAAGAUUCGGUAG